AUGGCCGAAGCCGGACCCAGCGGACUUCCCUUAGGCACCUAUGAACUGAAAAUUGGCCAAAGUUUCGCGAAAUCGCGGAAAAAAGUGGAUUAUCAUACUUUGCGAUGUGAGUUUUUAAAAAAUUAUUGUCGAAAAUAUAGUGUAAACAUAGUGUAAUUGCAUUUUUGAACGAAUUUCGAUGGAUUUCCACCGAGAGGAACAGUUGACCCAAUUCUUUCCAUUCGGGUCAACUGUUUCUCUCGGGCAAAAAGUGGUGUUAUACGAAUGGGAAUGGCUGGAAAAUAAGGUGUAUUUGAUUUUCAGACGAUUUCAAACCCAAAUCCAUCGGUGGCGAGACCGAAACCUACGUCUCCAUCAACAACAACGACGAUGUUCAAAUCGCGAUCGCCAGCGAAGGCCGCGACGACAUAACCAUGUACAAAGGUGCCAAGAAACCGAUCAAGGACGGCAAGGAGUGCUUCCUGAUCUUUGACGAAUCCACCGGUGAAAUGCGUCUGGAAAAGAUCUCAUCCAAUAUCAACGUGAAACAGACUAGGUAAGGAUGGAUAAUAUAAAGCAUUUUUGGGGUCGUUUGUUGAAAGAUUUUACUGAAAUUUGAGAUUUGAAGUAAUUGAAGGAGUAGGAAAGUCUUGGAAAAGAGAUUUUUAGAUGCCAAGAGCUUUGCAAUCUUUCGUGGUCGGACCCGGAAUGAAGGUUUUAUCAUGGAUAAUAUAGGGAAGAUCUUGAUGUAGAGACUUGAAAUUUUGCAUUUGAGAUGACUAUUCAGCUAGAAAUAUGAGGCAAACUGAGUUUUGACGUUUUGAAGACUUUGCAAUUUUUCGUGGUAGGACCCAAACUUGAUAUAAGUGUUUUGAAAAAUUGAUAGAAUAGAGUGGGAAAAUGAUCUAAUUAGAUGAAAUAAAUCAUGUUUUAACAGUUUUUAUAAAAAAAUUUCCAGAAGAGCCGACGACGAUGCGGAUAAAUUGCUCCGGGAAGAGGUCCGAAAACUCCGCAAAACGAAAGGUGCCUCCAAACCCAUCCAACCCGAUCCCCUACCAACUACACCCUCCAAUCGACCACCAUCACCGGUAAAAACGAGUCAACCGAUAAGUCAACCAAUUUCGUCCCCGAAGAAAUCGGAGAAACCCCGUGAGAAACGCCCGUCCGAGUCCAAGAAACACAACGAUUCCCAUAUGAGCUCGUCCAGCGACUCGUCCGACUCAUCAUCGGACUCUUCGGAUUCCUCGGACGAGUCCGAGAAUGAGGAAAAUUCGAAGGUUUCGGUCGAAAAAUCGCAUCGGCAACGUCCGGAGUCCAGCAACUUUUCCAGCGAUGACGAAGGUAAGAUUUUGAUUUCUUUUUUGGAAAUUUUAGGCAUGAAGAUAUGAAAUUUUCUCUGGGCUAGCAGGAUUUGUCGAAAAAAUUUUAAAAAUGAGUCUUUUCUACCGUUUACCGCAUGAGAGAAAGACUUGACUCAACUUGACCCAACUUGGGUCAAGUGUUUCUCUUGCUGAAAUACGGCGGAUUAGACGGCAGGAAUGGAUGUAAAUUGUAAAGAAGGGGCCCAUGGAAGAUACUAGAGGACUUUUUAUUUUUUUUCGAGUUGAGAUUUGACCUAAAAUACGAAUUUUCAGCGGCUCUUGAGAAGCAUUUAAACGCCAGCGGCCCCUCAUCCACCAACUCCUCGAACCCGGUGAAUUCCUCAAAAUCCACUCCUCGCGAUCCCCCUCCCACCUCCAUCAAGUCCCAACAGCAGGUGGAUCAGCUGUUUGAUGAUAUGGAUAUGCCUAACUUAAUAUCCAAUCCUCAACCCCAACCCACCCAGAAGACCCAGCCGGUGAAGAAGAUCGAAAAACACAGCCAAAUGCUCCUCCAGAACGACCUGGACCUGAGCGAAAGCUCGGAUGAAGACUGA